CUCUAUUCAGAAAGAGGUCUCAGUGUCCUAGAGCAUCAGGGGCUGGGCACAGCCCUAGCUUUUCCAUCCCAUCUUGACUUCUACUCAUGCUUUCUCUUUCUCCACCUCCCUCUCAAGGUCCCCUAAUGGUGUGGCUCUUGUGUAUGUGUGUGUGUGUGUGUGUGUGUGUGUGUGUGUGUGUGUGUGUGUCCAACUCUGUUCUCCAUUGCAGGAUAAAGCCAAAAUGAAACUCCCCCUACUUCUGGCUCUUCUACUUGGGACAGUUUCAGCUUUUCAUCUGAGAACUGAAAGGUCCAACAUUGAGAGCCCCUUGGGAGAUGACACCCUGCCUCAGGUUGGGGAGGUGUCAGAAAGUGAGGCAAAGGAGGUCCCUGUGGAGGAGCAGAUGCUGCUAGAGGAAGAGGAAGACAGGGGCUCUGGGAGUGAAGAUGCCCCCAGGAAGAAGGGGGCUGUUGAGCCCAUCUCAGCCUUGGAUGAGGUAGACAGGGACCUUCAGUGUCCUAAGGAUGAGGACACAGUAAAACUGGAGGGCAUCCCUGGAUGCAAGACCUGCCGCUUCCUCCUGUUAACUUGCCAGAGGUGCUACCGGGGCAGACUCAUCUCCAUCCACAACUUCAGCCUUAAUUACCAGAUCCAGUGCUUAGUCAGACAGAUCAACCAGGGCCAAGUCUGGAUCGGAGGCCAGGUCACCAGCUGGGGUCGCUGCACACGCUUUUGCUGGCUUGACGGCACUCCCUGGAAUUUUGCACACGGGGCUGCUGGCCAGCUCUGGGGCAGUGCCGGUAGAUGUGUGCACCCGAAUGACGGUGGAAUUCUGGCACACUCUUACGAGUUCAGCCCUGUGCUGGGUGCCCUGGAGGAUGCACUGGGAACCGAACUUCCCCUCCUCGCCCUCAUGCACUUUGAAUUCUGUGGUAUCCCCAGCGUUCCUUACGUCAUCACGCAGUACACAGAGCAGGAGCUCAAGCAGCUCUAG